UUUCAAAAAGUCUUCGAUAGGUAUUUGGUCAUUCCAUUCUGCCCAGAGUCUAUAUAGACGCUUGCAAUGUACCCCAGUCUACUGCAGUUGCCUGCAAUUCAGUGUUCCGGAGAAAUAAAUUUACAUAUACAGCACAGAGUUCUCAUAUGGCCAAAUGAUAGAACAUCUAGCCCCUGGAUGGUCUAAACAAUUGCAAAUAUACCGGUGGUAACUCUUCUAGACUUGGUUUUUUCAAGCAGCAGUUGCUACUAUAACAGCCAUGCCUCGCGCUUUCCUCGUCAAGAAAAGAGGAACCUUUCAGGACCGACCGGAGCCGGAUUAUGAUGCAGAGUAUCUUGAGAAUAACAGGUCGCAGUCAGCUAGCCAAAAUGAUCUUGGAGAAACUUGGCAACAUGAGCCUAACUGGGGGAAAAACGACGCACUGACGAAAAACUAUUCCACCUGUCAAGAUGAAACAGCGGCGGCUGCUUCUCACAAAACAUCAUUAUACGUCCACUCAAGUAGUACAUCAUCACAAAGCGAUACAAAGGAGCUUGUUGAACCUAUGGACUUAUCCCAAGCAAAACCUACCCUUGUUGUUUCAUCUACUUCUGCAUUUGAGUAUGUGGAACCUACAAUGCGUGCUGCACAAGACACCAAGGCACGCCCAUCAAAGUGUCAACCCACCUUCAAAGCCAGCCGCUGUCUAGAUCUCUCGGACGAACCUCUCGAUCUGCACGUCAGGCGGACGACGGAGGGAAUUUCUCUCCAGUCGUCUGCGACUAUCCCCGCAUUCACCUCUGCCCCAUCACUGCCAUCCAGACUCUAUAGUACAUCGGCAUACCAGAGGUGCCAAGACGAACCCACCCCAGCGUCCGCCUUAUACUCUUACAUGAUCAGAGGAACAGCAACAGGACUACACUCUUACUUUAAAGAUGUCACGUCUUAUCAUCAUUAUUCUGAGUGGCAGCAAGAGACCGGUAGGUCUAGGCCUAAUCCUAGCGGACCUCAGUUCUACGAAGAGGAAAACGUGACAACACCGCCUACCACUAAAGAAAGUCCCACCAAGCAGGACUUUUACACAUUGCCGCCAAGGUAUUAUAUUGACAAGUAUAUCUUACCGGAAGACAUUAAAAAGCACUCAAAUAUCCAACAAAUUAAAACAGAACCGCAAACACCAUUAAAAAUAAGUCCUUGUGAAGGCCAGCUGGUGAAAAUUCCACCCCAUCCCCCGAAGCCAGAAAGAUUUUUGAUCAAACACGAAAACGUCUCCAGUCGUUCUGAGUACAAGGGACGUGUGAUGAAGCGUUCUGCGCGGCAGCCAAUCCUAGGCCUGGAAUACAUCCAGAACACUCCCAACUUCCAAGACAGCGAAAGUCCGGACAGAGACUCCAGUCCGUCAAUAACACCUCAACUCCUUGAAUUAGAGAGUAUUGAGCAGCAGAAUCUAGAGUUGGGUUGCAGCUCCAAACAUCAGAAUUCGCAAUAUAGCCCGGAAAGCACGUCUGAUACGACUGGGAAAGCUUCAACCAUCAAGGUGGACAAGCCGGCACAGUACAAGAAAUAUAUCUGCGAUAUAUGCGGAAAGGGCUUCAGUCGAAGCAAUACAUUAGUAACACAUAAGCGGAUCCAUACUGGUGACAAACCGUUCAAGUGUGAAUUGUGCGGCCGAGCUUUCAGGCAACCAGGCAACUUGACCCGCCAUCGAUUGACACAUACCACCGUCAAGCCCUACGUUUGCCAACAAUGCGGCAAAGCUUUCAAUCGCGCCUCCAACCUUCACACACACAUGCGGACUCACACUAACUACAAACCAUUUACUUGCCAAUACUGUGGCAAGGGAUUUCACCAAAAAAUUGAUAUGAAGAUUCACUCUUAUACUCAUACGGGUGAGAAGCCACAUAAAUGUAAGAAGUGUGGGCGUGGUUUCAAGCAACUGACUCAUCUGACUUAUCACAUGCGCACUCACUCCGACAUUAAAAUGUACACCUGCGCAUACUGCGGUAAAGGAUUUAACCAGAAGGGGAAUUUACAAGCACACAUCUACGGACACACAGGUGAGCGUCCAUAUCAUUGUGAAAUAUGCAAUAAAGGAUUCACCUUAGCGAGUACAUUGAACACCCAUCGACGGACACACGCAGACAAGAAGCCGUAUGCUUGUCAAUACUGCGGCAAGGACUUCUACCAGAAAAAUGCGCUGAAAAGUCACAUGAUAUCAUCUCAUCCAUACACCGGUGAGAGCUUGUUGUAGUAUAGUACUUCCCCCAAUACUUGACUGCACGGUACUGCUUUAGUAACCCCGCUUGAUGACGUGGUGAUGUAGGAAUAAUAGGUAGGUUUUUUUAAUAACAUUUUUUGUUUAUAGAAUCAGACACAUGCCAGCACACAAUCAUUUAUAUCGUUUCAAAUUGUCUGGUGAACUUACGACACUUGAAGCCUCAUAUCUUCUAUGUAGGAUGACAAGCGAUUUUAAUGUUUUGUUUGAAAUUAUAUUUCAUUAUUGGAGUUUCUAUGUGUCUCAGGGUGAAUUCAAUUCGCUUAGACCAUGCCAUGACACUUCCUUGUUGCAGUAAAAAUAUUUUGCUUCAGGUUGUUUUUUUCUGUUGAAUGCAUUAACAUGUAGAUUUAACUCUUGUCAGUUGAGCGAUUGAAAACAUUUGCUACGGUAAAUGGGAAAAUUUGUUUCGUAGAAAACUGUCAAAUCUUCGCACAUUAGUUUGUUUUCAAAGCAAUAGUUUUGACAGAAAUCGGAACAACGGUUCAUGAAACAUUAACUGAUAAAUCACGGGCAGUAUGCCUCCUCAAAACAGGCCGACUCAAAACAAACAGUUUUUUAUGAAUCUGUAAUUUCUUAUUGAAAUAGCAGCAAAAUAUAUUUUUGAAUGCCUUGUAUGUGCACCUUUCAAACCAUUUAACCUUAUUCAAGGGAAUUUAGUUGGCUUCUGAAUUUUACGAAAAAAAAUUGUACAAAUUAAUAAGCAAAAGACAGCGUGAUGUCAUUUCAGGAAGAAGUCUCAACAGAGGCGGAUCCAAGAUGUUCCCAAAGGGUGGGUGGGGGGCGUGAUCCCGGAUUUGCCAAAAGGGGAGCGUGAACAAAAAUAGCAAUGGUGAAUGCCCGCGAGCGCGUAGCCCGAAGGCCUUACGGAGUGGGAUCCGGGACAUUUAAGAUUCUAGGUGCUCUGCGGUGCAAUUUCAGGCAGUGUGACCCCUCUUUUUUCUUCUCCGUUCCUCUUUUUCCUUUCUGAUUUAUUUAUUUUAUUUUGGUGAAAAAGGGGGGCGUGCGCCCCCUUUUCCCCUGGAUCCGCCCCUGCUCAAGGUUGCAGCUACCAUAACACUAAAAAUCUGCCAAUAUUUCUGACAUUAAUGUGCCGUCUUAAACUUUGUUUUCUUUGGCGUUUUAUUGUACUUUAACACUUGUGAGACAAAUUUAGGGUUUCACAAUUUGAGCAGAAACCUCCGAAUGAACCGUGUCAUCCAGAAAUAUGACAUCACAGCAAUAGCACUGAUAUUUGUCUGGAAAGUGUGGAUUUAUUUUCAAUAAUUAACCAGAAAGGGGUGUUCAACAUUGAAAUACAUCCAACUUGAGUGUAAAAAUGCACAGAAUACUUACUAAGGUAAAACAACCUGGACCCUUAAGGUUCUCAGAAUUAACUGUGUUGUGGCUUAAUAGUUUAUUGUUAACGGCGUCUUGCAUAUCGUACGCUCAACUAAACUAAUGGUUAAUAUAUGUAUAUAAUACAAAAUAAUGCCGCAGAUUGCAAGCUAAUAAACUUAAUCUUUAGUUUAAAACUUUAACUUAAUACAUGUAUUUGAUGUAACCUUUGAAACAGGAACAUAUCUUUCACGGGUCUUGAGUUAUUACCGAACAUAGUCUAUUCUCUCUCUAAAACGUGCAAUUUAUUGUUGCUUACUUAACUUCUUGCCAAAAGUUGG